AUGAUUCUUCACCGAUCCCCUUCCACCUUUUUCAUUUAUUUGUUUUUUGGCCUGAUUUGCGAAAAAUUUCUUCGUAUUGCAUCACAAAAAAUCAUUAACCGUUUGCCAGUUGUAAGUGAUUAUUCAUGUAAUCCAUGCUCAACACCAAUCGACAAUAUUACAAUAUGGUUAUUGUUUUCAAAUUCUCCAUGUUUCCAUCCUGGACAAGCCUUGCUCUUGUGGAAUACAACUAAAUGUACGUCUCCGGAAAAUUUGAAUUCUGAAGAUAUCUCCUUUGAUAGAAAUAUAGUAUUCGUGAAGAGGCGAAUAUGCUUUUAUUCAUACAACUUGCUUAUCAAUUAUCAAUAUAGUUGUUCAAGUGAUCAUCCGAUAAGACAUGGACAGUUUUAUGUUGCACAUCCGAGGUAUUCAAAUGCAAGGCGAUCAAAACGAUGGCUAAUCCGACGAACUACGUCGAUAACAAAAAUUCAUUUCCAACAAGAACGUUAUUUUAUCGAAUUACCUGAAGACAUGGCAAUUAACAGUCUUCUUCUUAUCGUACAAGCGACACACAUAAAUAAUCGCUCGUUGUUCUAUUCGAUGAUUGCACCUGAAGAUUCUCGGUCGAUUAACGUUUUCAUGUUGAAUACAAUUACGGGUGAAAUUCGUUUGGGCAAAUCCCUUGAUCGCGAGAUAUUACCGAAACAUACGUUAAAAGUGACGGCCUAUGAGCGAUUGGAUCCAAGUGUAUCAUCGAGUACUACGGUCGUCAUCGAUGUUGUCGAUGUUCAAGACAAUGCUCCCAUUUUCGAACGAACGUCAUAUUAUGCUGAGAUCAAAGAAGACGUUCCAAUUGGAACGACGGUCGUGUCAGUCUUUGCUCGUGACGCAGAUGAUGGUAAGAAUGGUCAGGUUGAGUAUUCCUUAUCUGAAGCAGUUGGUUCGGACUUAUUCCAUAUCAAUCUACAUACUGGUGUUAUUCAAACAGCGGCUCUAUUAGACCGCGAAAAAUGUGAUAUAAUCCGAUUUUCUGCUAUUGCAACAGAUAAGGGUGUACCACCAAUGAGCUCUAGCGCUCUUGUAGAAAUCGUCGUUCUUGAUGAAUUAUAUAAUAUAUCAAUAAUGGAAAAUAUUACGGUACCAGCUGUAAUACUGCAGGUUAAAGCAAUUGAUGAAGAUAUGAGUUUAAAUGGCCAAGUUCACUACAGUAUUGUCGAAUCGAGUUCUGGCGAUUUUUCGGUGGAUUAUGAAACUGGUAUCGUUGUACUUCAAGGACAUAUCGAUUCUAGAAUUAGCCCUGUUUUUUUAGUUAUUCGUGCUAAAGAUUCAGCGCAACCAGCGAAAUCUUCAACUGUUUCAUGCGAAAUCCAUGUAAUCGAUGUCAAUGACCAUGUACGUAUCAGUGCAACUUUCCAUAUUAAACCUCGAUUUGUUGCUUGGAAUCAACAAAUUUUUGUUGAUGAAAAUGCACCAGUUGGUCGAGAACUUAGUCGAGUGCUUGCUAUUGAUGAAGACGCUGGCCAAAAUGGAAUGGUACGGUACUUCUUGGAAACAAAUUCACCAACAGAUUUCGAAAUUGAUGAAGUAAAGGGAAGUAUUCGAAUUAAAAAUCAACUUGAUCAUGAGCGAUGCGAUAAAUACGAACUGAAGAUUCGAGCUGAAGACUGCGGAAGUUCACCGCUUAGCGAUUUCAUUGUUGUUACAAUCAAUAUUCGUGACAUUAAUGAUAAUGCUCCUUACUUCAAACAAGAUUUCCUUAAUAUCACAGUGUCGGAAAUUGCUCCAAGAGGAACACAGCUCGCUAGCGUUAAGGCUUUUGAUAACGACAAAGACCAACAUAUCGUUUAUCGGAUCGAUAGCGCCGAUCGAAGCAUAUUUGUUUUGACUGAUCUCGGCGUGGAGGGAGCAAUACUUUCAUUGUCUGGUGAAUUUCGCAGCACGGAUCAUUCGCUCCGAGUUGUGAUCUCAGCAACAGAUCAAGGUGGACUGAAAGGCUUUUGCACUGUCUUUAUCAAUGUCGAGGAUGUCAAUAGUCCUCCAUAUUUUCAUAGAUUCCCUUUUACUAUACAUGUGGCUGAAAACGCUGCAAUUGGCUAUGAAGUGUAUCGUAUGAAGGCCAAUGAUGAUGAUAGAGGAAACAAUGCGAAAUUGCAAUAUUUUAUUGACUCCACGAGUUUCAUAAUCAACGAAACGACCGGUGCAAUUACGGUCGCAAACGAAUUAAAUCGCGAGCUCAAUGAUACCUACAUAUUGAAUAUAACAGUUCGAGAUCAAGCUAGUGCACCAUUAAGUUCCACUGCAAUUAUUGAAAUCAUUGUUGAUGAUGUGAACGAUAACGCACCCGUCUUUUCAUCUGACAACUAUACAGUUUGGAUCCCAGAGGAUAUACCUAUAGGAACUUCUUUUAUUCAAGUUUUUGCGAGUGAUGCAGACAUCGGUGAAAAUGCUCUCAUCAGUUACUAUCUGGAAGAAAAUGAUUAUCCCAAACCAGAUGCUUUCAUAGUGGACCGAUCCUCGGGUGUCAUUAGAGUUGAUAAAAAACUCGAUCGUGAAAAAAUAGACAAAUAUGUAUUGACAGUAAAAGCAGAAGAUCGUGGAAAUCCACCGCUUUAUUCGAAAUCUACAAUUUUUAUUGUGUUAGUUGAUGUUAAUGACAAUGCACCUCAAUUUGAACUGCCAAAAUAUGAUUUCUGGAUAGCAGAAAAUUCUCCAGUUGGCACGAAAAUUGGAACACUUGUAGCCAGCGAUAUUGAUGAAGCAGAAAAUUCUAUAAUUCAAUUCAAAAUAUUUAGUGCAGAUGCAAAAUUUUUUGAUAUCGAAACAGAAUUCUCAAAAAAUGGAAUUGUUCAUCUUAUAUCGAGAAUAGAAUUCGAUUAUGAAGCUAGAAAAAACGAAUUUUUUUUUGAAAUUCAAGCCAGCAGUGGGCAGUUGAGUUCGACUGUGCCUGUUUUUGUUCAUGUAAGCGAUAUCAACGAUAAUCGACCACAGUUAAGAGAUUUUAUCACUCUUGUAGCACAUUACCGUGAUGAGGAAUUCAAUCCAGUUAUCGGACAAGUGCCUGCGUUUGAUCCUGAUUAUAAUGCGACACUUGAAUAUUACAUGGAAACCAAUGAAAUCAUUUCUAUCGACAAAAUUUCUGGAGAAAUGCGUUUAAUGAACGUUUGGAAUCGUCAUAUUGAUAGCGAAUAUACAACAUGUGUUUCUGAUGGACCUAACGUGGUAUGUGCUAAGUGCCAUUUUAUCUAUGUGCCUGUCGAUGAAAAUGCUCUUCUCGAAUCUGUCACCGUAAACCUCUACGACUUAAGACACGAUGAAUUGCUCGACUAUGCCAUAUUUCAACGAUUCAUUUCAGCUGUAUCAUUACUGGAACAGUGGCGACCUAGAGAUAUACGAGUAUUUAACAUGCAAUCUAAAGGAUUCAACACCAAUGUAACAUUUUAUGUGUUACAUAAUGGAAAGAUAGAAAGAUCGUUUCGUGUUCGAGAACUUUUUUCGAACGGGAAGUCACGCUUAAGCGAGAUUAGUGGAUUAAAAAUGGAUUUAGCUGAAGAUGACAUUUGUUUUGGUGAGCCAUGUGGAUAUUAUCAACGAUGUCGACAAACCCAGAAAUAUAUUAAAGCGCAACAAGUUCAUCGUACUGAUAACUUUGUUUUUCGGUCACUUGUUACAGUGCCUACGCUAAUUUGUGAAUGUCCGAAAGGAUUCUUUAGUUCUGAUGAUAUCCAAGGCUCAUGUGAUUUGCAAAUUGAUCAGUGCUUUUCAUCGCCUUGCGAGCAUGAUGGAAAAUGUGUUUCACUUGAAAAUCGCUAUCAUUGCGAAUGCACAGAUGGAUGGACAGGUUCGAAUUGUGAAGAAUCAAUCUUCGUGGACAACUGUUUAUCGAACUCCUGUUUUUCGAAUUCUAUAUGUUCAAUAGCGAAUCGGAAACCACGUUGCCUCAAAUGCCCUUGGAGAAUACAUGAUUCAGAUGAUCGUUGUCGUCUGCGUUCGAUAUCCUUCAAUGGCAAUGGAUAUUUGGCGAUUCCAUUGUCCAUUGGAAGAAUCUCAUGGAAUUUUAGAGUAAAUAUUGCUACUAUAAACCAAUUUGGAAUUCUUCUAUUCGCUGGUAAAAUUAAAUCGGAUUUCGUGGAAAUCUCGUUGGAAAAUGGCUUUAUCCGUGCACGGUUCUCGCUCGGUGAUAAAAUAUUUGAGGGAAAAAUGAAAGAAUGGCCUGAAAAUAAAGUGAGCGAUGGAAAAUGGCACCAUCUAGAUGUGGAUUUUUUUGAUAAAACUCUUCGCAUAUCGCUGGAUAAUUGUGAUUUAUACAUUUUUAAAAAACUAGGCAAUAAAUCAAGUUAUCGACCAUGUGCAUUUGAAAUUAAAGCAAUGUUUCCUUCCAAAUGUGGUGAUUUAGCAGUAAACUGCCAUCGUUUCCUUGAUAUCGCCUCACCUAUUUAUCUUGGUGGGAGACCACAGCGCUCACUUCGGAACAACUUCGUUAAUGGCAUUGAUGACGAAUCAGCUACCGAAUUGGUGAAAGAUGGUUAUACUGGUUGUAUAGCGAAUUUAACAUUUGACGGUGUGCUUUAUCAUUUCUCCGAACUCGACAGAAUGGAGAAACGUGGAAAUGUGAUUGCCGGCUGUCACCAAAUGAGAAAUGAAUGCGAGAAGAAUCCAUGUGAUAACACUUCUAAAUGCAUUGUGAAAUGGGACGGUCACAAUUGCCGUUGUCCACAUCGGCUUCAUCAACAUGGACCUUGUGAAACUGGCGAAUCUCCUCAAACACCAUUAUUAUUUAAUGAACAAGACUCGUAUUCGAUCUGGAAAAUUCGAAAAGGAGAAUCAUUUCAUAACGUUUCGUUCGAAUUUCGGACACGUUCACGUGAAAUAAACGUAAUAAACGUUGAUUUUGCAUCACCAACACAAAAAAUUAUAUUUUCAUUGGCGCAAGGUUAUGGAAUGUUGAGUGUUGGCGAAGAAAAUUAUAUGAUCGCCUAUCCAUAUUUGGCUGACGGCGAUUAUAAAGCGAUCUCAGUUGGAAUUUUUGGUCAAACAAUCACCGUUCUAAUUGACUAUCUUUACAAAAAGCAUUUUUCUUUAUAUGAUGAAUAUCUAUACGUUGAAGUGCGCAAAAUUUUCACGGGAUCAGCACCAAUGUCGAACAUUUCUCGGCCUUUCAGAGGAUGCAUUAGAAAUGUUGAGAUGAAUAAUAAAGCUUUGAAGAUUGCGGAUCUUUCGAGAACCAAGCCUGGAUGCCAUAUGGAAAAUUUAUGCAGCCAACUAGCUGCUUGUCCAACGAAUAGUCGAUGUAUACCUGACUGGGAUCGAUACAACUGUGAAUGUUUUUUUGGUUAUGUUGGUGACGGAUGUAUAGAUGUUUGCAAUUUGCCAGAAAUAUGUAACAGUGGAAUUUGUCGAAGAACGAAUAAUUCGCACGGAUAUGAGUGCAAAUGUCGCAGGGGAACAACGGGAAGCAACUGUGAACGUGAAUUGAUGCAGAUAUGUCCGACUGGCUGGUAUGGGCGAUUUCCAGAGUGCAAGUUAUGUGAUUGUGAUCAUAAUAAAGGAUUCGUUGAACAAUGUGAUAAAGAAACAGGAAAAUGCAGGUGUAAGAUUGGUUUUUUCAUAAAAAAUGGUCGUUGUGUUCCGUGUGAAUGCGGCUAUGGUUCACUGCAUCAGUUUUGUUCAGCAGUUGGCCAGUGUCCUUGCAUCGGCAGUGCGACAGGGCGCAGAUGUGACCGAUGUCCCAAUCCUCAUGAAUUGCUUGAUCCAAAAUCUCUAACAUGCAGGAUUAUAAACAAUCGAUGUCCAUCCAAUAUAGAAAAUGGUAUUCAGUGGCCAACAACUAUUCGAGGAGUUCUUGCGAAACAAAACUGUGCUAAUGGUGAGACUGGUAUAGCAACCAGGAAAUGUGGCUUAGACGGAAUUUGGCAUAAGGCUAGUAUAUUCAAUUGUACGUCGCCAUUAUUUAAGAAGCUCUCAAAUGUUGAAGAUGAUCUUAUCACUUCAGUCAUUCUACGGAAUGCGACAAAUAUGCGUAGCUCAUUGCAUGGGAUUAAUAGUGAAUUAGCUUUAAAAGCACUGAAAAAGGCAAUCAUGAAUGAGCAAAGAAAGAGGGCCAAUGAAAGCGAGCAUUUAAGAAUGUCAUAUUUUACCGAAAAUAUUCUCGAAGCAGCUAAUAAUAUCCUUUCGUCGAAUAUCAAUUCGAUUGAUGUUAUCAGUUUACUUUUUGAUUAUGGAAAACAUUUACUGCGAAUUCAUAGUGAAAAUUCAUUUUUGGAACCAUUUUUUUUUUCUGCUGAUAAUCUUGUCUUUGUGAUAGAUACUGUUGGUGAUUCGCAUCAAUAUUCUUUACCAAAAUUUGACAACUUCGUGGAUAAUCGGCGAAAUGAUUUAUUCCUUCAAUCAGCAAUUAAUGUAAUUUGUCCAUCAUUAAAUGGAAAAACGAAAAUGCUGUUUUAUAGCAUGGCUAUGUUCCAUGAUUGUCAAUAUUGUAAGACGAUUAUUGUUUCGAUAUUUAUUGGUGGCGGCAACUGUGAAACUGAAAUGCAAUUCCCAUUCAUCGAAGAAAGUGGGUGGAAAAUUCCUGAAUGUGUUCAACUUUUAUUUCCUAACGAAAAUAUUACCCAUAGUAAUAGCAAUGCAAAGAGCUUUAAAGAAAUCCAAGGAAAAUAUGCAGAGAAUAUUUUAUUAUUCAAUGAUUUUAUAUGGUCGUCUGAUGAUUCGAAGUUACUCGGAUUGAAUCGCACGCAUGUCGUGUGUGGUUAUCAUAAUUCUGGCAUUUUUAGCGUUUUCACAACUCCUGAUCAUGGCGCAUUGUUACAUUUUAUGAACUCUGAUACUAUUCCAUAUGCUGGAUCGUUAUCAGUAGCCUUCGCACUAUUUUUAUUAGUUAUUUCGAUAAUAUCAGUACUAUACCGUAGAAUAAAUUUUAAAAUAAUUCAUUCUGCCUUUAUGGUUUCAUUUCUCUUAGACGCGAUUGUAAUUUUAUUUCUACAACGAGUUCGACAUAAUUUGUUGGAUUUUUAUUCAUGCGCAACAGCCUUUAUAAUAUCAUAUAAUGGUGAUUUUAAUCUGCCAACCACUAAGCGCUAUAUGCUUAAAACUCUUUUACUUCAUUCUUCGUUGGUAAGAUUUAUUCCAUUAGCCAAUCAUGCUCCCAACAACAAUGUCCUAUGGGUAGCAAAUGAGCCAAUAAGUCCAAAAGAACCUUCAAAACAGCCUUGUCAAACUCCACUUUUAUCUUCGACCACACAAUUUGAAUCAGUUGUGGCAGAUAAAGAUGAAAGCAUGCAAUGGAUGCCAGAUGUAAUCCCAUUCGAACAAUAUGUUUAUCAAGCUGGUAUAUACAAUUCAUUGCCACAUCCUGCAAUUCUCAGUCCACCGACGAAAGUGCUUCAUCCGGAAUCAGUUUAUGGGGAUAGCGGAACAGCUGACGAGCAUUCAUCACCAAGAUUUACACAUUCUAAUCGUGGCGAAGAUUUGCGUCACAUCUAUGACAUAUAUUACAAUAAACAUUAUCAUUCAUGCUCAACAUUUUCUAGAUGA